CCGGCCGCGUACACGGGCCCUCCCGAAACAGCUGUUGGCGCAGACGGAACCGCCGGACGACGCCUCGUACCAGUCGCCCUGUGAGAAUGAGCCGGAUCACGGGUCUACUACGGCGGACGUUCGGGAUCGUUCGCGAGCACGUCGGUACGGAUCAUUUAGGGAACAAGUAUUUUUCGGUUCCCGAGCAGAGGACUUGGACAGGAAGAACGGUCCGUGCCAAGCGGAUGGUGGAAGCAGCCAACCCAACAGAAUAUGAGUAUAUGGAAGGCAACAUUCCAUCAGAAUGGGAUGCUUGGAUGCGAGGCAGGCGGAAGGAGCCCCCCUCCAUCGAGGAGCUGUUGAAGAAUAAACGCUACACUGUGGAGAUCAAGCAGAAGGCCAUGGAAGUGGAGGAGAGAGAUCGGAUCCUGCAAGCUAAAGAGUACAGUGAGGGUCUGGUGGCUGCGCCCUCCCAGACUGUGGUCAAGGGCCACGCGUCUGCAACUAGUUUUGGCAAGCAGGAGAUCAGUCAGGAGCCUACCAGCACUGCAAACGCAUUCCAGCCUGGAUCCUGGAUGCCCACUGCCAAGAAAUAAGACACUCACCUGACACACACAUACAAUGGAUGAUAAUCAUCUUUACUUUGUCUUGAAGUUGAAUGGAGCUGCAACUGAUGAGUAUUUGAGGGUAGUUACAAGGGAAACUAAACCCAAUAGUGGUACAAUGGGAAUAGCCAAAACAAAGCACAAUGUAGUGCUUUAUUAUCAUGCCUAAAUCAGAAAUACGCUAUAACGAGUAGCAUUCUUGACCAUCACGAGCACGUGUGUAUUACUGAAAAAUGUUUUCGGAUAGAAAUAGAAACCGGGGUAUUCGGUUACAACCAAAGUAAAGAUAUCAAGGUAUUUUUGUGUUCUCUAAGAAUCUUAUAAAGCUUGUACUGUUGCUGUGGGAAUGGCUUAUGUGUAAAUUUGACCGACAGUGUGGUCAGUUUAGAGGUGAACAAAACCGUGUAAUAUUUAAAUAAAUAUUUUUUUCGUUUGUU